UUGAUUUGGAAGAGCAGCGAGUGGGGGGAGGAGGAGGAGGAAGAAGGAGGAGGAGAAGGAGAAGAAGAAGAAGGGGGUGGGGAGGCCGGGAGCGACGCGCAGCCGGGAGCGGUUCCAGCUGAGAGACCGGAGCGGCACCGACACCCACCGAGCCCCCCAGCCCGGCCUCUCCCGCCCGCGACGGCAGCACGGACCCCCCCCCUUCCCUUCCGCCUCCUCCUCCUCCUCGCUGCCCUCCUCCUCCCCCCCCGGCGCGGGACGGCGGCGGCGGGAGGCUGCGGAGCGGGCCGGGUCGGCGGGGUCCCCCCUGCCGGGCGGAGGCGGCGGCGGCGCUGGUGGCGGCGGUAGCGGCGGCUGCCGUGGUGGGGGCGGCGGAGGAGGAGGAGGCGGAGGAGGAGGAGGAGAAGAAGAAGAAGCAGCAGGAGCAGCAGCAGCGGGAAAAUGCUGGGACAGAAGAGAUGAGUACUCCCUUUACUAAGGCCUGAAACUGCCUGUUGAAAAACAAUCCUGACCAGGCAAUAUACGAAUGGCCCAAGGAAGCCAGCAAAUUGAUAUUCAGGUUUUACAUGACCUGCGACAGAAGUUUCCUGAGGUACCUGAAGGUGUUGUAUCCAGAUGCAUGUUACAGAAUAACAAUAAUUUGGAUGCCUGUUGUGCAGUUCUCUCUCAGGAGAGCACAAAGUAUCUCUACGGUGAAGGAGACCUAGGUUUUUCGGAUGACUCUGGGAUUCCUGGACUACGAAAUCACAUGACAUCUCUUAAUUUGGAUUUGCAGUCACAGAAUGUGUAUCAUCAUGGAAGAGAAGGAAGUAGAAUGAAUGGAAGUAGGACUCUAUCUCACAGCGUCAGUGAUGGACACCUUCAAACCAGUCAAUCCAACAAUGAACUGUUCCAGCAGGAACCACAGACAGCACCUGCACAGGUUCCACAAGGAUUUAAUGUCUUUGGGAUGGCUAAUACAGUUAGUACUUCUAAUCCAGGGCAGCAUCUUGGCUUUCACAUAGGCAGCAAAGGAGUGUCUAACUUGUCUCAACAAACGCCCAGAUUCAACCCUAUUAUGGUAACUUUAGCCCCAAAUAUUCAGCCUGGUCGCAAUACGCCUACGUCUUUGCACAUACAUGGUGUACCUCCUCCUGUACUUAACAGUCCACAGGGAAAUUCUAUCUAUAUUAGGCCUUACAUUACAGCUCCUAGUGGAACCGCUCGACAGACACAGCAGCAGCCAGGCUGGGCAUCUCAGUUUAAUCCCGUGCACCCUCAGCAAGUCUACCAGCCUUCGCAGCCAAGUCCCUGGACUACUCUUCCAACAUCCAGUAAUACGCCACAUACCUCAUCGCAACACUCAACUCAGCCAAAUCAGCAAGGCCACCAGACUUCUCAUGUCUAUAUGCCUAUCAGUUCUCCUACUACUCCACAAGCACCUACAAUUCAUUCAUCUGGUAGCUCACAAUCCUCCGCUCAUAGCCAAUAUAACAUUCAGAAUAUAUCCACAGGACCUCGCAAAAACCAAAUUGAAAUCAAACUUGAACCACCACAAAGAAACAGUUCUUCUAAGUUGCGUUCAACUGGCCCUCGCUCCUCCACUAAUCCCUCUUCCCUCAACAGUCAGACAUUAAGUAGAAGUCAACCCACUGUUUACAUAUCGGCCAGUCCUCCAAAUAAUGAUGAGGUGGUCACACGCGGUCAACCCAAGGUCUACAUUUCAGCAAAUGCCACAACAGGAGAUGAUCAAGUUGUGCGGAACCAGCCCACGCUUUUCAUAUCGACAAAUCCUGGAGUAUCUGCUACUUCUAGGAAUAUGUCUGGUCAAGUAAGCAUGGGUCCUGCAUUUAUUCAUCACCAUCCACCCAAGAGUCGAGCAGUGGGCAACAGCACCACUGCAACCUCUCCUCGAGUGGUUGUUACGCAGCCUAACACAAAAUAUACUUUUAAAAUUACAGUUUCUCCAAAUAAGCCCCCUGCAGUUUCCCCGGGGGUAGUAUCCCCAACCUUUGAACCUACAAACCUUCUAAACCUUCCUGAUCACUAUGUUGAACCAGAGGGUAUCCAGCAUCUUACUGACCCUGUUUUAGCACAUGUGGAUAGGAUCAGUGAUGCACGGAAAUUGAGUAUGGGAUCUGAUGAUGCUGCCUACACGCAAGCUUUACUGGUACACCAGAAGGCCAGGAUGGAGCGACUUCAACGAGAACUUGAGAUUCAAAAGAAAAAGUUGGAUAAACUAAAAUCAGAGGUCAAUGAAAUGGAGAAUAAUCUAACACGAAGGCGCCUGAAAAGAUCGAAUUCUGUUUCCCAAAUUCCAUCACUGGAAGAAAUGCAACAGUUAAGAAGUUCUAACAGACAGCUGCAGAUAGACAUAGAUUGCCUAACCAAAGAGAUUGAUCUUUUUCAAGCAAGAGGACCACAUUUUAAUCCCAGCGCUAUUCAUAAUUUUUAUGAUAAUAUUGGAUUUCUUGGUCCGGUGCCACCAAAGCCCAAAGAUCAGAGGUCCAUUAUGAAAACGCCAAAGACUGUUCCAGACACAGAUGAAGAUGAGGGAGCUCAGUGGAGUUGUACUGCCUGUACUUUUUUAAACCAUCCAGCCUUAAAUCGAUGUGAACAGUGUGAAAUGCCCAGGCAUUUCUGAGCCAACAGGCCCAUUACCUUUUGUAAAACCAUAGCAGAUGUACAAGGAACUAUCCAGUCAUGGGGGUACAAAAAAAGCACUUGUGCGUAAGAUUUUGUAAAAUUGAAGGUGUGAUAAAAUGGUAUUUUGCUAAUGUUAAAUGUCUGCCCACAGAGCUAGUAAUACCUCAGUGUUGUGUCACAGGCAGUUGAAAUUCAUUGGCUGGAAGGUAAUCUGCUGAAAGACUCAGUUGCCGGCUGUCUAAACCAUGUACAGUAUUACCAGUAUCCCAGUAACAUACACCAUGUUCAGUGCUUGGGUGUUGCCCAUCCUCUUCUCUGCCCCAAUGUCACUACUGAAGUUUGACAGGGGAAAGGAAUAGAGUGCUAACAUGUUUGUUUUCAGAGCUUUCAGUGAAACACUACAUGCACAGAGGAGAUCUAAAAGGAACAAGGUUUAACCAUUUAAAUUGUUUGCUGCCACGUAGUGCCUUCAAUAAAGGGAAGAACUUCACAAAUCAAUGGUACUCUUUGCCUUGUCUUCCCUGUCAUCUCUGUGAAGCCAGAAAUGAGUACAAUCAUGUCUAAAGAUAAAAAGGAAAAACUGCAUGCGUUGUCUGUACAGUACACACAGUGAAAUACCCCAAAGCUUUUCCUACUGUACAUAGCUCUAGAGCCUGCUUUAAGUGAUUUCUUUUCUUCACCUUUAUUAUUUUCUUGUACUUCUGUAUGUAUAGUGUAAUAGUCUUUUUUGUUAACUUUCUUUUUUCCCUUUAAGUGAUUAAGCACGAUCAUGUCCCUUUUUUUAAGCUUUUAUCUGAGAGAAGUGAUGCCUUAAAAUAAGAGCAUUAAUGAGAAACUAUGCACAAAAUAGUUUUCCUCUGCUCAUUCUGUACGUUGCUUUUGUAAAUGCUGAUGAUCUGUGAAGACCUGCAGAUGCAGCGUGGUAAAAAUGUGGAAAAGUUGGAAGAGUUAUGCAUAUAGUUCACUCUGUACACUGAGUUUUACGGUGGGUGACACGAGGUAGCAUUUUGUCUGGCAUGAGGAAUCUUUAUACUAAGAAACUCUCAACCCACCAACAGAUCAGCAUCCGAUUUAAGCUUGCUUCAUCUGCUGGGUAUCUUGCAGACUCCUGAAUAAGAGAUUCAUUGGGGAAGUACCUACAGUGCCAAAAUCAACAGCAGCAGCAUCGUACAGCUUUGUUCAAGGACUUUAAAUGCUUUCCUGUUUGGGCAGCCAGUUUCUAAACCUGACUUUGUGGUGAAGUCUCGUAUUUAUAGAAAACAAGGAUAGCAAUAUUUAGGACAACUGAAAUAAAGGCUGGAAAAGAGAAGUCAAACAGACUUGAACACUGAAGCAACCUCAAGCAUCUCUUUAUUUUGAUGAUCUAUUUUUUUAAUGAAAAUAUUCACAUGAUCGGGGAUCUAUGUAACAGAUCAAGAAAAUGGAAUUCCAGUACGGUAUGCAUGAAAGACGGCACGCAAAGAAUUAUGUAGCAGCACUUAGGGUGAGGCUGGAGGGAGUGGUAACAAUGUAGCAAGAGACAAAGUAGACUGUCACCCACUGUAAACAUUUGCCAGUGGACACUUUUAUUAGGAGUUUUACAAGUGAUCUAUGUGAAUGCACAGAGGCCUUUGUUUUGAAGGCUUUGCAUUUUUUUUAUGUGGGAAGAAAACGCCAGUCCCAGGUAAUUAGGUGGUAGACCCAAAGCACUUGCAUUCAAUACAUUUUGUUUAUAAAAUGAGGCCUUGUUUUUCAGCUUCAUCUGCAGUUCUAUGUGAAGAUUGACAAAUCAGUUUUUACCUGUUUAUUAAUAAAACCUAAUUUGGAUAUCUUGAGUUGAUGGUUUUGUGAUUUAGCUGGGUAAACUGUCUUUGUAACAGAUAAG